AUGGGGGAGUACAUAAGAGAAGUACUGGCUCAGACUGUCCCCAGCAGUCACCACAAUCAUUGGAAUGCACAAUGUCAGGUGGUGGUGGUUGUGCAAAAGGACCCUCUAAUAACGGCUGAACUUGGAGCCAAUACUGAAGAUAGCAGUUGUGCUUUGAGCAUUGUGAAAAAAGAGCAGUCUGACACUGCGACCUACUACUGUACUGUGGCUUUUAUGAAUAUCAUUACUUUUGGAGAUGGAACAGUUUUGGUGAUCAAAGAUUCUGAAGGUGCACAUUAUUCCAGCCACAUACUUCUCCAGCAGCCUGUGUCAGAGCCAGUUCAUCCAGGAAACUUUGUGACUCUGCAGUGUACAGUCCUCACUGAGAUCUGUGCCGGAGGACACAGUGUCUACUGGUUCAGACAUGGUUCAGAAGAGUCUCAACCAGGAAUUAUUUAUACUAAUGGACACAGCAAGAGUCAGUGUCAGAAGAGCUCUGCAGCUGACUCUCCUACAGAGAGCUGUGUGUAUGAGCUCACAAAGAGGAAUCUCAGCCUCUCUGAUGCUGCGACUUACUACUGUGCUGUGGCUCUUUGUGGACAGAUACUGUUUGGGAAUGGAACUACACUGUUCUUCAAUGCUUGAGUUCUCAG